AAAUGGCGCGCGUCACAGGGCGGGAGGACACAGGACAGGAGUCCCCCGCCCGGGGCACGUGAUCGGGCUGGGACGCGGCGCGAUGGGGACCGCUCUGGACAUCAAGAUCAAACGGGCCAACAAGGUCUAUCUCUGCGGGGAAGUUCUUUCUGGAGUGGUGGUCAUAACAAGUAAGGAUGCAGUCCAACACCAGGGUGUCUCCUUAACGAUGGAAGGAUCAGUAAAUCUGCAGCUCAGUGCCAAAAGCGUUGGUGUGUUUGAGGCUUUCUAUAACUCUGUUAAGCCUAUUCAAGUUAUCAACAGUACCAUAGAAAUGGUAAAACCAGGAAAACUUCCCAGUGGCAAAACAGAAAUUCCUUUUGAGUUUCCAUUGCAUAUGAAGGGCAACAAAGUUCUAUAUGAGACAUAUCAUGGUGUGUUUGUCAAUAUUCAGUAUACCCUUCGGUGUGAUAUGCGACGUUCUCUACUGGCCAAGGACCUGACUAAGACUUGUGAAUUCAUUGUCCACUCACCACCUCAAAAAGGGAAGUUGAUGCCAAGCCCAGUGGACUUCACAAUUACACCUGAAACCUUACAGAAUGUUAAAGAGAGAGCCUCGCUCCCAAAAUUUUUCAUCAAAGGUCAUCUCAACUCGACUAACUGCAUCAUUACACAACCACUAACUGGGGAGUUGGUGGUGGAGAAUGCAGAAGCUGCAGUCAAAAGUAUUGAGCUACAGUUAGUACGUGUGGAAACUUGUGGUUGUGCUGAAGGUUAUGCUAGAGAUGCUACAGAGAUUCAGAAUAUUCAGAUUGCUGAUGGGGAUGUCUGCAGAAGCUUGUCUAUUCCAAUAUACAUGAUAUUCCCCAGGCUGUUCACCUGCCCUACACUGGAAACGACAAAUUUCAAAGUUGAGUUUGAAGUUAACAUUGUUGUCCUCCUGCAUGAUGAUCACCUCAUCACAGAAAAUUUCCCACUGAAGCUCUGCAGGGUGUGAAUAUCCACAGGAGAAUUGCUAAUGGAGGAACAAAGAAAUUCUUCAGCUACCAAAUGGAAAUUCAGUUCAUAUCUUCAAACUUAUUUUAAUUGAAGGACUAAAACAUUUGCUCAUCCCACUAUUGAUUUCUGUGUUGGAAGGGAGUGCAGUUCUCUGUAACUCUUACCAAACACUUUGUCUAUCUUCUGAUAUUAUUAGUGAAUGUGCUUUUCUGCUGAGAUCCCUGCCAGGUAUCUCUUUGAAUUCAACAGCCAUGCCUCCCUUUCUCUAUUUUUUUCCUUAAGAACCCUUAAGGGAUGUUUUUUGCACAUUCCUAUCGUGCACAACACACAGUAAGUUUCUAUGAUUAAUUGAUAAUUUAACACUUGUGCUAACUCUUUAAAUGUUUCCUUUAUAAGGAUCCUUGUAUCUAAACAGCUAACAGGCCCUGCUAUGUAUUGGUCCUUGAAGGAGAGACUGAGAGAUUAGAUGUUUUCUAAGCCACCUCACCAUAUGGAUGCUGGGAGACCUAAUGUUCAGGAAAUGUUUUGAGACCUUUGAAUGGUGUUACGGAAUUGCACCACCGUUAUUGGAGCAGCAUCACACAAAGAAUAUGAAGUGAAAAGAAACUAAGUAUGUUUCAGUUAGAUUGGGAAAUGAAUCCAUUAAUCAGGGGAACAACCUCAGAGUUAAAGCUUUUUAUUGUAACAAAGUUGAUACAACUAUCACACUCUAGUUAGCUUGGUCAGUUACUUGCAGUGAGAGGACCAAACUGUCAAAAGAGGUUCUAGCUUGCAGUUGUGCCAGACCUCUUGCUCUUGAUUAGCCAGUCCAUGUUAAUUUCUUUUUCCCCCUACUACUGAGUUCGUUACCUACAAUCUAGUUGUGGUGCGAAAAUGUGGGUGGGUACUUUGCUCUUGUGGCAACAAAGGCAUCAGAUGAAAGUGGCUGUCAGUAUGCUUGGCUGCUACAUUGUAGUCUAGCUCUUUCCUGUGCCUGACUUUAUUGCAAGGUAGAAUACUUUACUAAAGACUGCAUAAACAUAUUUAUGUUCUGGCCACCCCAAUUAACCUUUUGCCUGCAAUAUGGUAUUAUCUGAGCCGGUUACUAGCUGCUUCCCCUUUCAUUGGAAGGUUUAGUUGACAUUUUCUGAACAUGUCAAGAUGUAACUAUGGUAGGGGAAAUGUGCCAGGCAGAAAUGGAUUUUUUUUUUUUUUUUUUUUUUUUACUAUUUGCUGAUUUAAAAAAAAAGAAAAAAAAACGCAAUGGAAGGCUUUUAAGUUAGCACAUCUUUAUUGGGUAGACAUGCUUAAACUGCCACAGCAGGAACUAAACCAGGAGACUCUUGUUUUGGGGAGGUGGUGUAGGGUGGAAGAAUUUUGUUUUUGAUAAUGUAAGAAAAAGUAUGUAUAAGGGCAAAGUGUGCCUUUUCUGAAUGUACAUUUGCAAAUGAAACCAUCUGGGGAGGGGGAAGGAGGAAGAGGCACUGCAAAACAAAAUGAGCAGGUGCCUAAAACAUUAACUCAAUCUUGAAGUAAAGACACUUGACAAAACAUCUGAUUCUGGCUUUAUCCCUCCCUUCAUCCAACAGAAAAACACAGUUUUCCAGCUGGCUAUUCAGGCCUCUGGUGUGGCUAAUGGCAAAAUCCUUGUUCAGCAACUUCCAUAUUUUAAGGAAUAAAAACCUGAAGUUCUAAAAAUCUAGUUUAACAAUUUGCAGUAUCAGCACAACAUGUUGACAUUAAAUAAUUACAAAAUCCUCUCCUCAGUCACUGCAAAAAACAAUGUUUGCAUGUGAUCUGGAACUAUUAUCACAGGAUCAUUUCGGGGGAAAUGAAGUCUGACUUCCAAACGGGCAGGAUGAUAUUAGACUGCCAGCUAUUGGCCAAUACCAAAAUGGCUAUGUGAAUUUACAGAUGUUUAGGGGUCUUUUGUAAGCAUGUAAUGAACAUCUAAUGGAAACAAUGUAUAAAUAACACUGCUAUGAAUCCUGCAUUUAGUUUAGGAAGUACUGGCAUUGGAUCCUUGCAUUGUCACAGCAGGAACUGUUGACCUACACCCUCCAACACAGGACUAUACCACCCUAGAUCAUCCCACUGAAGUUCUUGUUCACAUGUGACACCUACUGGAGUGUGUGAGACAGACUAUGAAGAUUAUUCUGGAUCUGCGGGAGAGGAGCGCAUGUUAAAGCGCCCAGCUAAUCUUGCUACAUGGAUGAUACCCUUUCUGCUACCCUGUUUCCCCGAAAAUAAGACAUCCUCCGAAAAUAAGGCCUACUUACAGUUUUGCCUCUCGUUGUAAUAUAAGGCAUCCCCCCGAUAAUAAGACCUCCCCGAUAAUAAGGCAUCCACCAAUAAGGCAUUUUUCAUUUCUGAAAAAUAAGACAUCCCCUGAAAAUAAGACCUAGCGCAUCUUUGGGAGCAAAAAUUAAUAUAAGACACUGUCUUAUUUUCGGGGAAACAGGGUAGUAAUAGCAAUGUAAUGGAAGGAAAGCUAUUUAUUUUCCUUAGGGAAUAGAGAGCACAUGAGUCCUCCCCUUCCAUUUACUAAGCCAUUUGGCUGAAAAGAUGCAGGGUGGGGGGAAAAGAUUGUCCUCCAAAAACUAAGCUCUGGUUAGCAGGAAGUCAUGUAUAUAACCUUCCUUGUAUUUCACUGUGUACAUCUGUUUCUUUAUUGUUCAGGUAUGAAGGAUUCUAGCUUAGUUCUUUGAACACAGUGGUCCAGUUAUUUUGUACUGUUUACAGCAUAAACAAUAGAUUUAUUUAUUUAUUUAUUUAUUUAUUUUUGCCCUCAUCUUGAGAGUGGGGAGAUAGUAAUUAGUGAGCCCCACAACCUUAAAUUACCAGUUUGUUUUUCUGCUCUGCAUAAUUAGGGAUUGGUGGAAGCCCAAAGACUCUCAUCUUACUCUAUUUACAUUUUUCAUAGUCUCUUUUCACCACCACAGAGAGGUUUGGGGCUUUUUGACAGACUAAUCUUUACCAUGAAUUGAAGUUGAUGACUCUCUCAUGUUUCCUCAAAUGUUAGCAGAGCUGAGCAAAUUCCAAGGCACAACUUAAAAUUGACCUGCUAUAGCAGGGGUCAGCAACCUUUCAGAAGUGAUGGGCUAAGUUUUCAUCUAUUCACUUUAAGGUUUCAUGUGCCAGUAAUACAUAGUAACGUUUUAGAAGGUCUUUUUCUAAAAGUCUAUAAUAUAUAACUAAACUAUUGUUGUAUGUAAAAUAAAUAAUAUUUUUUAAA